AUGAAAACAUCCACCAUCACCACUGACUGCAUCAACACCACCGACAACAUAUACACCACCGACAGCACCACUGACAGCAUCAUCACCACCGACAGCAUCAACACCACCGACAGCAUCAACACCACUGACAGCAUCAACACCACCGACAGCAUCAACACCACCGACAGCAUCAACACCACUGACAGCAUCAACACCACCGACAGCAUCAACACCACCGACAGCAUCAACACCACCGACGACAUCAACACCACCGACGACAGCAUCAACACCACCGACAGCAUCAACACCACUGACAGCAUCAACACCACUGACAGCAUCAACACCACCGACAGCAUCAACACCACCGACAACAUCUACACCACCGACAGCAUCAACACCACCAAUAGCAUCAACACCACCGACAACAUCUACACCACCGACAGCAUCAACACCACCGACAACAUCUACACCACCGGCAGCAUCAAUACCACCGACAGCAUCAACACCACCGACAGCAUCAACACCACCGACAGCAUCAUCACCACCGACAGCAUCAACACCACCGACAGCAUCAACACCACCGACAGCAUCAACACCAUCGACAGCAUCAACACCACCGACAACAUCUACACCACCGGCAGCAUCAAUACCACCGACAGCAUCAUCACCACCGACAGCAUCAACACCACCGACAGCAUCAACACCACCGACAGCAUCAACACCACCGGCACCAUCAACACCACCGACAACAUCAACACCACUGACAGCAUCAACACCACCGACAACAUCUACACCACCGCAUCAACACCACCGACAGCAUCGACAUCACUGACAGCAUCAACACCACCGACAUCGACAUCACUGACGACAUCAACACCACCGACGACAGCAUCAACACCACCGACAGUAUCAACUCAACCGACAGCAACAACACCGCCGACAACUUUCAUCAUCACCACCGACAGCAUCGACAUCACUGACAGCAUCAACACCACCGACAGCAUCAACACCACCGACAGCAUCGACAUCACUGACAGCAUCAUCACCACCGAUAACAUCGACAUCAGUGACAACAUCAACACCACCGACGACAGCAUCAACACCACCGACAGUAUCAACUCAACCGACAGCAACAACACCGCCGACAACUUUGUCACCACCGACAGCAUCAACACAACCGACAGCAACAACACCGCUGACAACUUUGUCACCACCGACAGCAUCAACACCACCGACAGCAUCAUCACCACCGACAGCAUCAUCACCACCGACAACGUCAUCACCAGCUGUACAGGGACCCAUAACCACUGUACUGAGGAGCAUCAGAUAAAUGUUGACGAGUUUUUAGUCCUCAUGAAGAUGAAAGUCCGAGAAGAGUCCAGAUCAGCCUCUGCUAUUUACCAGGAGGAGAUGCCAGAGUUUUGUUUUGUGAACCUGAUCAAGUCCGAACAGAACUUUGCAGAGUUGACGGUGAUGCAGCUGAAUGCAGGUGGAAGUGUUAGACCCAAGAAGAAGGUGUACCGCCAGCUAGAGGAAAGGUUAGAGCAGCAAAAGAGACUACUUGUGACAGGUGUCACCACCCCCCUCAUCUAUGGAGACAAUGUCUCACAUCUUGUCGGACUAUAA